AUGCAAUGCACGAAGGAAGCAAAAGCAGAAGCAGAAGCAGAAGCGUACGGCUUGGAGGCUGUUGGAGCAGGGAAAGGGAGGAUAGAAGAGACGGGAUUGGACGGGAGCCCAACGGGCACGGGGUGGGCAUGGGGUGGGCAUGGGGUGGGCAUGGCUCAGGGUCAGGGAAUGGGCGAAAAAGUGGUGGAGGUCAAGCGAGAUCAAGGAUCCGGUCUGGCCCUGGAAGCCCUCAAGCCCUCAAGCCCUCAAGCCCUCCCCUCCCCCCCUGGUCGUGAUCUCUGGAUCGUCUGGUCCUUCCGGCUGCAUUCAGGGGUAACGACAACGACGGUGACGGUGCUUAUGCAGAGCCAAGAGCCAAGAGCCAAGAGCCAAAAGCCACCGGUCGCUGGUUCCUGGCCUUAA